CCAGCACGAGGCAGUGUCUUCAGUCUUCACCGGUGUCCCGACUACGCUGGAUCCUUUCCGCCAUCGCAUUCCGCGCUCGGUCGCAUCGCUCUGCUUCGUCUCCCUCCAACGUUGGGGAAACUCGAGGACUCCGGUGAUCGAUAAGCCAGGUCCUACCGCGGUGAUCAAGAAUUUUCUCGCGUAGAAACCUCGUGAAAUGACAUCCAGCCGCACGAGUCGAGCAUCCAGAACUGUGUGAGCGGUCCCACCUCGAAGAAGUAAAUUUCCCAGCCGGCUCUGGGCAGAGCACGAUUCUCGAAGAGCGUCGAUUUAGUCCCAGGAGUAUCAUCUUGAUCCCGUUACCUUGCUCCCAGGAGGUACGCGCACCAAGCUCCUGGUUUAUUCAGGUUUGAUCUGAAUGAGCCAUAAAUACCAAUAAUACAAUCGGUCCGAACGUCGUUCUUUGUGGUGUAACCCCUGACUAGACAGGAAGCUGACGAUGUAUGUCCGACAGAUAGAAGUCCUCCCUGGCAAACAGAUGGCCAGACCUGUUAACGGUUCCUCCGCCAUGGCGAGGGAAGAGGAUCAGGACGCCGACGGGACGAUCACGAAGUUGAGGGAGGUCCCCCAAUUCAAGGUAGGCAAUUUCAUCUUGACGGUCGACUUCAACGACGGGGACGAGGAAUAUCAGGAGAAGGCCACAAUGGAGCUGAGGGAAACGCCAGAAGUUGUUCAGCAGGCCUUGAAGGACAUUAGGGAGAUGCUUAAAGACGAGGCCGAUCUGAUCCUUCCGGACGACGAUGAAUUUUUCCAGAAGUUCAUGCGACCUUGCAAGUGGUACCCAAAAAGUUCCUUCGAACUGAUGAAGAGGUUCUACAAAUUCAGAUUGAGUCAUCCACGUUACUGCGAAAAUUUAGUGCCAAGCAACGAGAAGAAGACGCUCUCCUCGGAAAUACUGAUCCCAUUGCCAGAACGCACCUCGCACGGUUGCAGAGUACUUCUGAUCAACGCUGGAAAAAAAUGGAAUCCGAAGGUCAUCAACAUCGACGAAAUAUUUCGAGCGAUUAUGCUGUCGCUGGACGCUGCCAUGGCCGAACCGAAAACACAGAUCUCUGGCGUGCACGUAAUUCUUAAUAUGGAAGGCUUCUCGCUAAGCCACGUCACGCAAUUUACCCCGAGUUUCGCCGCAACGGUAACAGAUUGGGUGCAAAGAUGUUUGCCUUGUCGUCUUAAGGGCAUCCACAUAGUGAAUCAGCCUUUUAUAUUCAACAUGGUCUACGCUAUUUUCAAACCUUUCCUUAUGGAGAAAACGCGUAAAAGGAUUAUAUUCCACGGCUCGGAUAGGAAGUCAUUGAUUUCUCACCUGGGCACGAAACCUCUUCCCGUUCAGUUCGGCGGAGAGCUGGCCGUGCCAAAUGUCCCGAUUGGCGAGGGUAUAUGCGAGUACUUCUGCUGGUUCGAAGAAGAUUUCGAAACUGCCAACAAGUUUGGAUACAUCAAGACAGAGACACGAUAAAACAAAUGGCGGCUCGACGUCAACCCGAUGAUCGUCGACACCGAAACACUUCGAGGUUGCAAUGACCAUUUUGUCCGGAAAACAAGGGGAGAAGGAUUUCUUGGUUCCAAUUGAUUACAGUGGAAGUGUACAAACCGAGAGAGUUUAGCGUUUAUAAUCGAAGUAAUUAAGAAGUAAUUUAAGAAGCUAGAUGUAAUUAUUUUUGUUAUCGAUGAAUGAGAUAUUAGUCACGUUACGUGCAAUAAAGGGGUAGUUUUCCAAUGAAUUUGAUAAGAAUUGUCUAUUGGAUUCAGUGGAGACGUUCAAUCCUGAAUCUCGAAUUUAAAAACGCGGUGGACGAUUGUGUUAUCGACAAUUUAAACAUAUAACGCAAUUGUUUAAGUCGUGCAAGACUUACAACAAUAUUAAAAUAUGUUAACGUAUGAGUUGUUAGAAUCAUUGAAGAUUCCAAUAAAGAAUAGUUCUAACCGUGA